UUCACUUCACAUAACUUUUCAGAGAGAUUAUCUCUAAAAGCGGAAGUCUUCUGGUAUGAAAGUCUUUCAGUGCAUGCUGAAGGUAUUUAAAUAAUAUACAGUACGUUCCUCUUUGUAUGGCUUGUAAUCAGUGAAGCUUGUCCUCAGUUUAGUUACAAAUCAUGAUUUCCCUCAUACUGCUCCUGAUCAUGCUGUGUCUAUGGGUCAGACUUCAUGAAACCUCUGGACAUGUGUGUGUUGAUCAGCCUGCAAGAACGGAAUCUAUAGAAGGGACGUCGGUCACCAUCCCGUGCCAAUUUUCAUUUCCAGAAACAAAGAACAGCAUUGAGUCUGCAACUUUCAUUGUGAGAGCAUCUGAUGAAAAUUUCUGUAGAGGGGAUGAUAAGAUCAUUUAUAACUCCAGUAUAGUAUUCUUAUCCCCCAAGUAUCAGGGAAGGCUAAAUGUGACAUUCGAUCUAAGACACAGAAAUGCCUCAAUAACCAUAAACAAUGUAAUGCAGGAGGACGCUACACAAUAUUGCUGCCGCAUAGAACUGAGUUUUCUUGAUGGGAAAAAACGGCAAUGGCAAACCCCAGAUGGCACACGGCUUACAGUGAAAGAUAGGAAUGAACCUGGUCUGGAGACAAUACCUCUGAUCUUUGCUGCUCCUGGAGAAAAUGUGACACUUCUGGGCCACUUCACAAGUGACAACCUAACAUCUGCAAGUGAUGUCACCUGUCAUGUAAGGAGGACCGCAGACAGAGGUACUGGAUGUGACCGCGGCAUAAAUAUAGGAGAAUGCACCUAUAAGAAUAAUGCUUUAUAUUUCCAAAUCAACCAAGUUACCAGUGAGGAUAAUGCCUUUUAUUGCUAUCAAGUGAAAAUGUCUACUAAUAAUGAAGAGAAAAACACAUAUUACUAUCUUGGACCACAACUUCUUAUUAUAGGUAAAACAAACACCUUAAACAUCACUCAGACAGAGGAAGUGGAAUUCCAUCAACCUGUUACAAUAAACUGCAGCUUCACUCUGCAACAGACCAAUUAUAUCUUACGAACAGAAGUCUAUUGGAUUUUUGGGGAUGCUAGAGAGAGCUAUGUCUACCAUCCAAACCUGGACUACAUACACCCGGAUUACAAGGGAAAGACCAGAUUGGUGGAUGGAUCUCAUCUUUACCUGGAAGACUUCCAUGGACCAGAUAACACCACCUUCUACUGCCGAGUGAUCUUUAGACAAUGCUUUGGGCGACCAGAAAGUCCAAACCGCAUAGAUACUAUCUCAGAAGAAGGUCCUGGGACACGUUUAACAGUUAAAGUUAAAGAUCCCGAAAAGAUCCCUCAAAAUAAACUAUCGCCAAUAGCAAUAAUCGUACUGUGUGUGGUCCUUGUUUUCCUGGUCAUCUUCAUUUCCUUGGCCAUCUACUUCUCGAAACAAAGAGGUAGCAAACAGAACAGUAUUGGGGAGACAAUUGUUGAGAUCAUAGAGAUAUCAGAUGACCAAAAAGGAGGUUAUGAAAACCCGACAAUGAUUCGAAGACAACAGGAGGGUGAAGAUAUUGUAUACUCUACUGUAAAUCAUUCCGCGUCUUCCAUGCGCAAAAAUACAAAGGGACCUUCGGAGAGACCGCCAGAUCCCGCUACAGAGACUGUCUACGCUGAAGUGAAAAAGAGCUGAAGAAAAAAAUUCAAGUUGUCCUUGCAGAGUGGAGUUUAUUGAAGUUUUCACCAAAUGUAAAAAAAUAAAUAAAAAAUGAAGCCACAGAAGGAACAAACCCCAAAAAAUAUAAAGAA